AUGGACGCGCCCCCGCCUGCCGCCGCCGCCGCCAAGCGCAAGCGCUCUGCCGCGGACGUCAGCCCCGCCUCUGCCGGCGUCGACGACGUGUCCGAUGCCGACGUCGACGACGUGUCCGAUGCCGACGUCGAUGAGUUCUACGCCAUCAUCAGCCGCAUGCGCGAGCAGCGCGACGCCUUGCGCCGACGACUCGUCUCGGGCGCCAGCGCAGGCGCCCGUGAUCCGGCCGCACGCGCACCGGUGUGGCGUCCAACAUUCACCAUGGAGGACUUUGCGCCACCCGCCCCGGCGCCGCCGUCGCAGCAGCAGCACCAGCUACCCGUCGACGAGCACGUGGCAGAGAACGGUACGCUGCCGCGGCGGCCCGUCCCCGCCCUCGACCUGAACACCGAGCCGGAGCCCGUGGUCGCCGGUCCACCUCACCACCUGUAG